CUGUGGCAUGGGUGUGGUUAAUAUAAGGGAACCAUAUUAUUAAAUGCUGAACAGGCCAUACAUUCUAGAUAAUUUGUUAUUCCCUUCAGCCAUGCAACACUCUUUUCCUAUGAAACAGUACCAGAGAUUCACAAUCCUUUCUUACAUUUACUGUGAUGCCUAAUAAGCAAAUCCUGAUUCAGCAUAUUUGAACACUCCUCAUGUUUCAGAUGCUGACAAGACAAGCUGAGGUUCAAAAUCAUAUCGAUCAUCUGAGAUUUAGUCCUAAGAUACCUCCUUGUUCAAAUUCACAUACAGCAGAACUUAGCGUUCAAGCACAAAGUACGGGAAUAGCUUCCAAAAUGCCUGCAUUUUCUCCUGUAACCAUUCCUAUGGACCACAUGCUUGAUUUUUCCCAAUCCCCUCAUUCAGCUAAUCCAGUAAGAAAACCAUCUGUGAACACUCCUUUUCUGCAAAAUGUAACAGAUGACAAGGAACAGAUAUUAAAGAAACAAACUGAAGAGCUGAAGGCAAAUGUUGAAAUAUUUUCUGAGUGUAUUAAACAGAAUGUAUUUUCAGUAGAAGAACACCUUCAGUUUUUGCAACUUUUAAAAGAACAACUGGAGCAACUGGAACAUUAUUAUGUAGCUACCAAGGAAAAGCAUUAUGCUUUGCAACGUCAAAACCAUAAGCAUUCAUCAAGAAAUAUUGGAGAAUUUGAUCCUAACAGAAAAGUAGAAGGGGAAAUAUUUAAACUUGGGAUGCUCCUUGAAGGUAUCAAAGAGAAAAUUGAGAAGACAUUCACUUCAUAUUCCUCAACGUAUAUAACAUCACCAUCACUCAGAUCCCACCCAUCUUCUGUUUGUUCAAGCCAUUCUGCGAGCCCUUUGAUUAUAAGUACCAAUGAAUCUCCCAAAAGGAAUGUUGCAGGACUAAAUAUUUCCCAAAAUGAGAACUAUUGGAAGAAUAAAAACCAUCUUGUAGAAGUAGUUCCACAAAAGGCACAUAAAAAAUCUAUACAAGGUGACAGCAACCAUCCGUUCCAGCAAAUGAAUUUAAAUGAUCUUCAAAUAAGAUCUUCAGCUCUAGCAAAUUUUAUGAGCAAAGAAUCUAAUGAGGUUGAUUGCACUUUACUGAAUGAACAAGGAAGAUCAGCUUCAGAUAACUUUCUUGAGAAAGAAGACAAGCAUAAAAUUAUUAUACAUCCUACAUUGAAAAUGCAGCUAUCAAGAAAUCAAAUAUGCUCCUGUUCUUCUAAUAGAACUAAAACAACAGAAUACAGAAAAGGAACUAGAGGACAUUCUGAUUGUGAAAGAUUUCCGAUCUUCUCUGAAGAAAAACCAGUGGAUUUAGAUGUAACAGGUUCUUUGCAAAAGAAUAGCAUUGCCCAGCAAAGGAUUUGUAAAGAAGAGCAGAGAGAAGAUUUUAUAGACAGAUUAUGUGACAGGCAGAAUCUAUAUAUUCCCCAAACCCGCUAUUCAAAGAUGCAUGAUACCAUUGUUCUUUCACCACAAUACCUUUCUGGUAGUAAUAUUAAUGGAAGGAAGUCAGUCAGUAAUAGGAGAAAAAGUAAAGACAUAAAUAGCAUGAUAUUAAACUGCACUUUGGAUAAUGCUAUACAGAUGGCAAACAAUUUGAAGACAACAACAGAACACAUGAUGCAAGCUGUCUCAGAAGAUUUAGCCAACGUCAAAAUUCAGACAUUAUCCAGUGGCAUAGCUCAUCAAUACUGACAGUGUAUUUUGAAGACUAAUAAACUAUGUCUAGAAUAGAGGUGCUCAAUGUGUAAAAAAUUAAAACAGACUACUGGAAAAAGAAACUUCUCAUGUUGUUUUUGAUGUAGCUAAAUUCUCUUGUCCAAAUAAAUCUAAUUAUUUUCACGUACCAUCUUAGAUACACCAUGUAGUACCUUCCUCUGUGUCAGAUUACAAACAGUUUUGGUUUCCUUAAAAGGUUAAUGGUUCUUUAUAAUAAAAUAUU